AUGCCACUCCUUACUGGACUUCGCGUCGAACAUAGGAAUUUUGAAGAGCUAGGAUAUUAUCGCAAUGCGGCAUUCUCCACCAAAAUCCUGUCUCAACUGUCCAGACUCCAGUCUAGACACCGCUAUGUAAAUGUUUGCGUCCUGCAUGUCUUGAAUGUACAAAUGCAAACGCUGACCUCAUACCAUGUCAAGUAUAUGGACCAGGUGGACGUGCGCUCGUGCAGAAUCAAGGCGUCGAGAGCACGAGUGGGGAGGCAUACGAGAUGGCUGGAGUCCGAAGUCGCUGGUCAAGUCGCUAAUUCACACCUUGGUCGGACGCUAAAUGGCAACGAGGAUCCACAGUCCACUGUGUUCAGUGUUCACCCGGACGGCAACUCGACAAACCUCACGGAGCGAAGGGGAUUUGAUCUAUCUACUCCGAAUGAUCUCAUCGACUCAUCUGGGAAUUCCCUGCCUGAGUCAGAUGCCAUCAGUACCGGCACGACGCAUGAGAAGGAGCAGAGUCCCAUCUGGCGAAGACCGUGGUCCGAAUCGAUGGUUAUCACUCGAGCGACGGUGUAG